AUGGGAGGCCUCGCCCUCCGCGUCCCAAGCUGUAAUGCCGGCCGCCGCGUGGAGCCUGCUCACCCUCCUUGUGGGCGGAGCGCGCACUUAGGAGCGGGCUUCCAGAGCGCCCCGGACGUGUCGCCCGGAGCCUGGGCGCGCAGAGGGCUGUGGUCGGGCCGCUGGUGGCGAGUAGCCCGCAGAGAGUGUGGAGCUAGGAACCGUGGCCGGCGCUCCGCUGUGCACACUGCCUUCCACGCAGAUGAGCGUCGUAAAAACACCAAGUAG